UUCCGAGGCGACGUUCCUUCCUGCAGACUUUCUUUCUGUCGGACUCGGGCGAGUGCACAGCCCUUACAGGGUAGACGAGUAACAGGUGCCAGAUAAAGCUUGCCCGAUAGUUUAGUGUCUGCCAGUAUUGAGAGAGACGGGAGAGAGGGAUUUCAAUGGGAAACAGGAAUUUAAUUCACAAUCCAAGAUUACGUGAUAUCGAGUCAUAACAGAAACUCUGGGAUGUAAAGGACAUUCAAAAUGUGGCAAUCUGCAUUCUCAUGGUGGAUGGCUCUUCUCUGCCUGGCAGGUGUAUCCUUUGGUAUUCAAGUGACCAUUUCAGAAUACAAAAAGAUAGCCAUGUUGUUCCAGCCUGUGGUUCUGCAGUGUCAGUAUUCCACCACAUCUGUCCAACAACCUGUUGUGCAAUGGCGAUUUAAGUCAUACUGCAAGGACCGUACCAUAGAUGCAUUCAGUAUCCACAGCACAUCCACACAUGUUAUCAGCCAGAAAGAACAGGCACCCACGUGGGAUCCAUACCUAGACUGCGCGGAUAAUAGUCGCACAGUCCGAAUUGUGGCUUCCCGUCAAGGAUCUGCUGUCACCUUAGGAGAGUACUACAAAGGAAGGGAAAUAACCAUCAUCAACAAUGCAGAUCUCCAGAUUGGAAGGUUACAUUGGGGAGACAGUGGAGCUUAUUACUGCUCAGUUAUCACUCCAGAUGAUAUUGUAGGUAACAGUGAGGAAAGAAUGGAACUUCUUGUCUUGGGUAGGAGUGAAGUGGUUGCAGAUCUGUUACCCAAUUUUGAUGUAGAGAUUAUGCCAGAAUGGGCGUUUGUUGGUUUAGUGCUCUCCGGGUCCUUUCUGCUCCUUAUUCUUCUUGGUGUAUGUUGGUGUCAGUGCUGCCCUCACACGUGCUGCUGUUAUGUUCGCUGCCCUUGCUGUCCAGAAUCCUGUUGUUGCCCUCAAGCCUUAUAUAUAGCUGGAAAAGCAGUAAAAGCUGGACAUCUUCCAAAUGUUGCAGACUAUCCACCAUACUACAUUCCCAGUGUUUCUAGGAUACCAAUCACACCAAGUGUAAUUGAUACAAAGUCUCUGCCUCCACCAGCACAUGUCGACACGGAUAUGGGGGAAUCUGUACGCAGUGGAUACAGAAUUCAAGCUAACAAAGAGCAAGACUCCAUGAAAGUUCUUUACUAUGUGGAGAAGGAGCUGGCACAGUUUGACCCCUCUCGGAGAAAGUAUGAACAAUCGAGCAACAUGUCAGAGUUAAGUUCACUGCAUGAUCAGAAUGCCGAUUUCUGCCAGAACUUCUGCCAAGCUCGAAAACAAAUGCAAUCUCCAGUUACUGACCAGGAUGUUGACUUGGCAUUCAGGGCUCAGCUCAUGAGAGGAUCUGGACAUUUCAGGAGCAGAGCAAAGAGAGACAAUGACCGUUGCAGUAGCAGGUCACGCUCUCGAUCUUGUGACAGACAAAGAAUUGAACUGCACGACAAAGAACUAGCAAGUUCACUAGAUGAACUUGAAGAAUUUGCAGAAUCUUAUCAUUACAGAGGGAGGAGAGGUAAUUCACUUGAGCCAGAACGACGGGAGAGAAAAGAGGCUGACAGAGGGCAGUAUUACAGAGCACUCAGAGAUCGAUACCACUAUCAAGGGAGCUCCUUGGAUGAUUAUUACAACAAAAGAAGUCGAAGCAGGAAUGAGCUAUAUGAAGCUGACCAGGGACAUGUUUACAACAGUCAGAGGAAAAGAGAUAAGCAGGAUGAGUGCCCAUUAAGGUGUACAAGCGAUGGUGGUAGAACCUAUGAUGAUGCUUUCAUGAACAGUAUUCUGGAGAAAAAGGCCAAAUGUAAACCUUACAAUGAAAGUUACAGCAGUGAAACGCCUUCCAAAACUAGUAUUAAGCGAGUAAAUGACAACUACUAUGGGAAAUCUCCAAGUUACAAGACAGAAGAAGAAGAGACAUUGCCUCCGUACACUGAAAUGCAUUUGCAAAAGGUUAAGCCAGAAGAACUGCCAGCAAGGAUCUACUAUCAUGAGCGAAAAGAGCAAACAAGACAGAAGAAAGCCAAUCAUUUCCCAGCCAGGGAUGCUCUUGUGGUGUAAAAACAAAAGGGAUGAAGGGAAGAUUCAGCCUCUGAGGUUGUAAUAUUUGACAAAUGGGAAAUGCCAAGGAUGUCAGAAUGCUGGAGACAUGUUUUAUUUUCAACGUGGGUCUCAACAACAUUUGCAAAAACAAGUUUCAGAACUCUGGGAGCUGUCUGCACAGUUUAAUACCUGCAGUAUUAUGAGUAUCUGGCAGAUUUGUCGUUUUGGUUUACAUGUACAGUACACAGUAUCAAUAAAAUAGCUUUAAAACAUGACACAGUUUAUGCCAUGUUUUAUGCUAUAAUCUGGAAUUUAGGAAUAGUUUUUUUUGUAUCUGGUGACUGAUUCAGUUCACUGGAGUGUGGCCAUAACUAUGCCAAUUUGUCCCAGGGAUUGAUAUCAUGAUAAAGUAUCAAACUAUAGCCAGAGAAUCACAUAAUAUUCAGACACAAAUAAAGGUCUACUAUUGCCUAUGCUGGCUUUCUGAAGGAACUAAUCAAUUUGUCACUAAAUGUGGAUUUUUAAGAUUUUUCAUGUUUCUAAUAUUUACUUACUUUACUUCUAAAAGCCAUUAUGGGUUACAAUUCCACCUCACUUUCUUGUGUGGAAUUCCAAUCUUAACAAUAUACUACCUAAGAAAAAUGAAACACCAGCCUCUAUUAAUUCUUUUAGGGCUUAAAUAAAAAAAAAUGUUAUUCUUUCCUAGAUCAGUUUCCUCAUUUACUUUAUUGUCAUUUAAAAUAAUUUUUUUUAAACCUUUUAGAAUUCUUAGAAUGAAAAUGGCAUUAUUCUUAAGUUUCUCCUGAUAACUACUACUUUAUAAAUUUAAAGUUUCUGAUCAUGCAUAUUUUCUGAUAUUAAACACUUUAUUUUUGGUUAGCAAUGCCUUUCACCUUUAUACCUCAGGAUAAGAAAUCCACUCUAAUUUUCCCUGAUGGACAUUAACUGUAAAUUCACACUUUCAUUCCCAAGAGAAUGUUUAAAGAACCUUAUCUCAGGAUUGGAGGUUUGUUCAAUUAAGGGAAAUAAUGGAUUUGUGAAUAAACAAAUGAAGAAUGUCAUUUUUAAAGUAAAUUUAUACCCCUCGCUAUUGAACAUAAAUUAUUUGUUCUACAGUGAAGAAUGAGUUAAUUAUAAAAACAUUUAACAAGAGCCAUGCCAAAACCUAACCAACUAAUUCAAUAUGCGGCUUCUCAGUCCAGUUUGCUUUCAAUAACAGAUGCUACAGUGAAUGACUCUUAUUUUUAUAGUGUGAUGAGAAAGCUAUUUUUUUGACAUCUUUAAGAUGCACUAUAUCUAAUUUUUGAACUAAAUGCCUGACACAUUACUUUAUAAAUACAUUUUCAUCCAUGUAAUAGGAGUUUAUUGAAAAUGUGACUCAGCAAGUUGGACAAUAUUUGUGAGGGCAGAAACAAAAUUAACAACCCAGAUUUUAUAGUCAAUUUCAAAGGGUCUGUGAUCUCUGGUGACUUGAGAGAAUAAAAGGCACCAGCGAAAUUUUUGGUGGGCUUUCAUGCAGCAGUUCUUCUAUUUCAAUAUGACUUUGAAUUGGGUACAAUCCUUAAGAGGAUCUUUGGUGUCCAUGAUCAAUGCCAGCUGAUCAGCCAAUCAAAUUAUAAAAUAUUUAUAACAAAUUGGGAGACAAAGAAUAUUCUUCUAAUGUUCCUUUUUGAUGGCCAUUUGAGCAAAUGAGACCCCAUAAAUAUAAAAUUAGUUUUCAGAACUGGAGGGGUGUUCAAAGGUGGAAAAAAGACUAUCUGGCAUGCCUUUUUUAAAAUGCAACAUCUUAUUCAAAAAGUUUCAUAUUUUCAAUGGAUUUACAUUUAGAAUAGGGCAUGGAUAUUGAAAAUAUUAUUAAAAUAUUGAUUUCCCAUAAACUUUGAAAAGACUAAACAGCACACCCUCUGGAGAUAAAUGAUAUUGCUCAAAACAGGUUCUCAUUUUUGGCAGUUAUUAGUUAUGCAGUUGAGCAUAAAUGCAUAACUAAAAGAUUCCCGUUGUGUUUAUACAAUAAAUGAGCACUUAGUACAUUCACAAGACCAGAGGCCAAUGCUUCAAAUUGAUGACGUCAUUGACCUGAAACAUUAACAUUCUUCCUCUUCCUAUUCAUGCUGCAGGGUAUAACUUUUAAAAGUUAUCUUUAAAAUGUUAGUAUUCACUUCAGGUAUCAGUCUAUUUCCCAAGAAUGCCGUAAGACUCUUAAAUCUGACAAAUUAGAACUGCCAUAAAUAUUUUUCCACUACAAAUUAGGAAGUUGCUUUUCUGGAUUUAUAUUAACUUUAUAUCUCUGUCUUCCUUUCUUCUCAUAAGUCCAUGCAAACUAGAUCUAGAUCUGCAUCUUCAGUCAUGAAGUAACUAUUCUGAAGUUAACAGGUUCCUUUUAAACAAAAAUUGUUAGCCAUUAGUCCUUUUAAGUUUAUUUGCACUUUACAGCUUCUGUUUGAAUCAGAUUAAACUGAACAUGAUUUUUUGUGUUUUGUUUUAUCAGCCCUUUAUUUUUUUUAUCACAUAUAAUCCACUGCUGUCAGAAACAUGUCUGCAGGAAAGUAUCUCUGUUGGUGUUGCCAUAGUUUCAAUUUACAACUUAUGCAAUAUGCUGUCACAUAAUAGCCUCUUUUUGUUUACUAUAACAUUGCCUAUUAUUAAGUUAGUUAGCUGCUUCCCUGUUAAAGCUUUUCCGAGAUAAUGGUUAGAGGAAAAACUUGAAGUCACAUUUCACUAUGAGAUCCUAUUAAUACAGAGCAGCCCUAGAAAUAGGUUUUGCUAUAAGAUUUACAGGAAGAUAUUGUUUCCUGCUUGGCAUUUCUGCCUGCCACACCUCCAACAGUGCAAGGUCAUUAGCUAGGGCCCACUGCUCAUUGACCCUAGCCCUGGUACGCCUCCUGGUGGCACCCACUGCAGCUUCCAAUGGGGAUAGUUGAUCCCCAAUUUCUGUCCUUCCUCCUUUGCUGCAGCCAAAAGCUGCCCUUUUCUGCCUCUUCAGCCAACUCUCUAGUGGCCCCCCUGAGCCUCGCUCCAAACACUGCCAUAUCAUGGAGUAAAUGUCGAUGCGCCAAAACCCCGGCAUCCUAUCUCCACGGGGUGGAGGAUGGUCCUCCAGCCAGUUUCCUUACAUUCAGCUGCCAGGUAUGAGUACUUCAGCCCUGCACUUCAACUCCUUCCUCCCAUGGGAUGGUUAACUCAAUGAGGAGGACUGUCUUGGUGGGUAUGUCUGGGCAGAGGGAAGUGAUGGAGUUUUCAGUAGGGAACUGCAGCUGUCUGCCAAGGUCUGCCCUCGUUACACGCCUUGCCUGUGGAAAGGAGUUCUGAAGGAGCUCUUGGGCAGGUGCAUUCAGUGCUCUUACCAGCCUUAACAAAUGGAAUGAGUUGUCAUCCCGCUGGAGAAAGGCUGCUUCUCACAUCCCACAUGCAGCUGUCUACGAUCUUCCCCAGCUUCUUUAGGACUUAGUUGUGCUCCCAUCUGUAGUGCUCUUGGGACAGCACAGUCUUGCAUCCUGCCACACCAUGUUGUAGGAUGGCAUUGGUGGUAUCGCACAGGAGACAGCUAUCUUCAUUACCAAACCACUGAUGAAGAUUUCGGGGGCAGGGCAAGGUGUCAUAGGUUGCCAGGAUGAGGAAGCGGAGACUGGCUUGCAGGAUCUUCCACAAGUCAGACCAAUUGAAUGACCUGUUGAUGGUGCCCUCAAUGUUGUCCAACUUCCCUGGUGUCUUUACAUGUUGUCCAACUUCCCUGGUGCCUUGUGCCACUGCCUUCACUCUGCAGCACUCCUGCUCUGUCCUUGUCACCUCCUCCACUACCAUGGCUUUCCUUUCUUUUUUUGAGGCCUUGGACCAGAAGCAUGCUGCCUUCCCCCAGUCAAGUCCUGCAGGUCCAGCUUGGACUCUGCCGACAACCUCUUGGUGCUGCAGCCUACUGAUCGUCUUGAGCUCUCCAUUUAUGGCUGGUGUGGAUUGAGACAUUGGCACUCCUCACCAGCGGGCCAAUGGACUCCCUCAGUUCAAUGGUCAGUUAGGUUUUCUCCUGCUUGCACAUCACCCUUUGGUAUAUAGUGUGAACUGGUAGCAGCACACUUUAUACUUUCCAGGAAGUUGGGUCAAUUCUGGCCAGACCCUCUGCAAGCUGUUUCUGUGCUACUUUUCCCCACCUGCCUGUCAGAGAGCUCUGUGAUGUACUGCUUCCAAGGCUUUGGAUGGGAUGCCUGGCCAACAAUGGGAUUUCCUUGUCCCCUACAAUAAAGGUGAUGUUGUCACUUCUGGCCCCUUUUCAGAGGGACAGACUUUGCAGCUUGCUGGGCUUGAUCCUUGCCCAUGUCAUUAGCUUGUCCAGCCUCUUCAGCAGCCUUCUUGUGCAUGGAGCUUUCUGAUGGAUGACAUCGUCCAUGUAGCUUCUCAGUGGAGGGACCCUCUGCCCUGACUAUAUCUUUAUCCUCCAACUUUCUGCCUUGUUCCAAUAAGGAUAAUCUUGAAGGCUACCACAAACAGGAUGGGAGAGGUGGAACACUCCAUUACAAUGCCUACUUCAAGCUGCUGCCACCCCGUUGCAAAGUCUCGAAAAGAGAAGCCCGUCAGCAGGUCACUCAACUAAUCGGAAACCAGGCCUCUAAUGCAGUCAGGAAUGUAAAAGAACUCCAUCGCAAAGUUGAUGAGCUGGUGUGGCACAGAUCCAUAGGCAUUUGCAAGAUCCAGCCACACAAUGUGCAGGUUACCUUUCUCACGCUUGGCUCAUUGGAUCUGGUCCCAUAUCAAUGAUGCAUACUCCACACAUCCCAGGAAGCCUGGAACUCCCAUGAGGUAGCUGGUCAUCCUCUUAGCCACGACAGAGAAGAAGGUUUUCCCCUUGACAUUUAGCAGUGCAAUGUUCCUAAACCGGUUGAUAGAACUGGAGUUCUGGUCUUUGGGGAUGAACACCACCACAGCUCUUUGCCACUCUGAUGGGAUGUGCUGGAUGCACAGUAUCACUUUCAUCAUUAUGUUAUAGUGGUGUCCAACAUCAAUUUUCCAUUUCUUCUUUUUAGUUACUAUAACUUUAGGAAACGUCUGUUGGAUGUUUUACUGCUGUGAUGGUCGAAAGAUGUUCAAUCUGUUGGAGUAAUUGCAAUGCAUUUAAAGCACACCUAAAUUGCAUUCUUUCAGGGAAUUGAUUUUUAAUAUUUGUGCCACCAAUAUCGCUAUCACAGUUUUCCAAUUUUAGAAAAUGAUUACCUUGUUCUUAACGCCACAGCUCAUGCCAGGAUAGAUAUUUUAACUAGUGUACGUUGAGAUGAGAAAUCCUGGCCCUAGCACUAUGUUUUUCUUUUACCUGGAUGUUAUUCCCUUUGGUAUGGUUACAAUCAUGUUAAAUGUAGGUUCUUUCUGUCAUAUUUCUUAUUCAUAUCCGCUGGGGCAGAUGAUAUAUGCAGUUUAUAAUAUUUAUGAUAAAUUAAGAGAUUACUCAUUACAAUUGUGUAGCCAAAGAAAUUACCUGUAUUAUUUUCUAUAGAAUCCCAAAGGGAUUGAUUUGCCAUGAUUGAGAAACUGCCUUAAGUAUUGUAACUACUCAGAAUAAUUACCUUUUGGAAUUACAUAUCCAACUCUUUCCAAACCUGGUUGCUAACUAACCAAAGUAUUGAUACUUCAUUUAGAAAUAAUAAACUACUGGAAGAACCUAGCAGGAUGGGCAGUAUCUGUGCGAGGAAGGGAUUUUAGAUGUUUUGGGUCAAAACUCUACAGAAUUGAUGCUGCUCAACCUGCUGAGUUCCCACAGCAUCUCACAUACAUAUCUCAGUUGAUACCUUGUAUAUCCAUAACAAUGAAUCAUGAUCUUUCCUGAUCCUUCUUAACCUCCAACACUUCUGAUACUGCAGACUAGUUCCUCUUAACCUACCUAUAGAUUGCUGUAACCAACUGUAAUAGGAAAUUUAUUGCUCCCAACAGCUACUAUGCCACUGCAUGGUUAAUUAAGCAAACACCAGUGGUUCAUGUGCCCUCAUUCACAUCACUUGUAUUCCAGACUGAUGCACGGUAUCACUUUCACUAGUAUGUACUAGUGGUGUCCAACAUUAAUUUUCCAUUUCUUCUUAUUAGUUGCUAUUAAAUUCAAAAUAUCUGGAUGAACAAAAACUUCAACUAGAUAUCAGCAAAGUCAUGGCCAGGUUCUUCAUCUCCAAUACUUCUGCCUCCAGACGAGACCCCCUAAGCCUCAUUCAGUACUGUCCUAACCCAACUGUUAAAAUGUAAUUCUCAUCUUCCUGCACCUUCUGAAUACACUACUCAUCACUCCUCUCACAUAUCAGUUCCAAUCCCAAACUACUUUCUUCUAAUUCCAUAAGUUUUCUCUUUUUUGCCAUUGCUCAAAGGGUAUUAUAAAACUUCCAAAAGCUUGCGCAAGCAUAACGGCUCAAUGAGAAUUGAUACUUUCAUAAUCAUUUAUGGACUUUGUUAGCCAUAGAGGUGUUCUAAAUUCUUAAAUAAAUUUGGAUUUGCUGUUGCUUCCGCAAUAUUGGGUAAGUCUAUUAAAGUAUGAUCUUUCCUACUGAAUCCAUUGUAUCUGAUGAUAUAUUAUUCAUAGUUCAUGUACAAUAUUAAGUGUAAUUGGUUCCCUCCCAUUUAUUGACUUUCAAGCCAUGUAUGAUCUUUCAGCCAUGGUGUCUUUCAUCAAUAAAGCCAUCUUCUUAACUCUAUUAACAUGAGAAGUAAUCAAAGAGUUGCGUGUUAGACCAUUAUUGAACACAUCCCCUCUUAUAUCUUAGUCUGACCAAAUUCCAUAAAUUUUUGCGACAAAUAUACCCCAUUAAAUCUCACUUCCACAUACUCUCUACUCCUUUGAUCUAUAAAAGAAAACCAUGGUCUCAAAUACUAUCAACUGAAUUGCACCUCAAGUUUUGAUCACUUGACUUGAAUUCUUCACUGAUGUGCCAGAGGUAUGCUUAGAUUUGCCUUGCAUUCCAGGAUUUUGUUUAUCCUGCAGUCUAGAAGCAAUAAUGGUUGCUUAAUUUCAAAGAGAUGUGUAGGAGUGUCAAACAUAUCCCUCAGUCCCUCAAAUGAUUUUGUAGUUUCUCCCAGUCCACCAACCCCUCACCACAGUAGCCAAGUGGCUAGGCUUUACUUUGCCAUGAGAUUGGUGUUCGAUUGGGAACUCAUUAGAAUAUCAAAUUCUACAUCCUUUUCUCAACUUGGCUAUAAUGAGGGUCUUGACCUGAAAUGUUGACUAUCCUUUUGUUUCCACCGAGUUCCUCCUGCAGAUUUCUUUUUGCACCUUAUUUCAGUAGUUGCAGUCUCUUGUAUCUCCACUUAUAUUUUUAAUCAAAUAAAACACCAGCAAAAGAAGUUUCUUAUUUAACCUUUACACAAAUGCAGCUCUCACACCUCAGGAUUUUUUCUAAUUGAGCAAACACUCUCAGAUUUCAUUAUAAACAAUAUUUCUGCAGUCUCAGUUUCACAAAAUAAAAAAAUGCCAAUUUACAAAAAUUGACCUCCUUCUCAUUAAGUUGUUUUAACUUUGAAAUCCACUGCUGCUUUUCUUCUGUGCUAUGAGCUAAUAUAUAUCUUAAUUCAAAUUGGACAGUUGGAGGUAUGGCAACCACACUCGAAUUAAAAAAAGGGGCUUAACUCAAUGACAAUCUUAGAGAAGCAAAAAAAGAGAAUCAAUAUAGCAAUAUGGACUAUGAAACAUGUCUUCUCCAUGUUCAUGCUUGCCAAUCUUUUUCUCAAGACUAAAUGUAUUCCGUAUGAAAAAUAACUAACAAGCAUCUAAUCAACCUGUCCCACACGACUGGAAUGUCUUGUGCACCACAAUCAAUAUAUUCUCCAACCCGGCCAAACACCAUGUAACCUGGGAGAGAACGUAUAUUAACGUAGGUAUCUAUAUGUAUAUUAUAGACUAACACAUUCAAUGAUGGAAUUAUCGGAGCGUCAAUCUAAUAUAAUUUCCAAUUUAUGAUCAAAGUGAUAUUUUUAAAAGAUGGAUGUGAUUUUCUGUGGUUGUUAUCUGAAAAUGCAGUUACUAUGACCAGUGACAUUAUCCAUCUCUCAGUAGUAGUGAAUGUGUAGUUCUAUGGGUACUUAUUAUGUAGUCAAAUAUUAAAUUUUUUGAAUCUGUAUUUAAUUUUAAUAAUUUUCUGAACACUAGUGAUAAGAGUGUAAUUGCUAAAAGAGCUUGUACUGGUAGUCAUUGUGAACCUUUGACCUGUAUACUGAUAUGAAAAUAAGAUUUCUAUUUUACAUAAGUAUUUCUCUAUGAAUACUUCUUUUUAUUGUACCUUAUGAUGUUGGAAACUAAAGUCUUACCAUAAUCACUUUGUUAUUAUUUCUGGGGAAAAACUGAAACUACAAAUAUGCUUAGUAAUUUAGGGGUUUGCAGACUUUCGUUAGCUCAGUAUUACAUUAGGAAGGACAUUAGUUCUACCCAUUCUGUCUGUAUAGAAUAAUGUAAAAUGUGGCCAAAGACAAUACCAGGGGCCUUAUUACUUGUGGCAAAAUAUCUCCUGAAUAUUCUUAAUAAAUAAUAGAAAGAAAUAUUAUUUCACAAAAUGUAUUCAUAAUGAAAAGCUACAUUUCUUCGAAACAGGAACCAUAAUUAUGGUUUUGCUGUUUACCAGCACCAAAUAUGCCAGUGUAUGAUGCUGUGAUAGAAAUUUGCAGUGUUAAGUUUCACAUAUCAUUAGCUCCUUAAAGAAAAGCUCCUACUAUCCAUAUUGAAAAUCAAUUUCAAACUUGUUCAGUUUUAUUCCAAUUUCAUGAUCUGGUGACUGAGUCACUGUAGAACCACCUUCUUCUAGCUGCUUUUGUUUUGAUAUAGCUAAGAAAAGAAAGAAUAUUAAUAGGAUUUUAAGUAUUCAAUUGUUUUGGCCUUUUACAAGCCUCCUAGGCUUCACUCCAUUUACCCACUAUGAACAUCCUUUGAAUCAUACUAAUAGCCUCUUCCAAUGAUCAACGUGCCUGUCUUAUCCAUUAGCAGCCCAACCAUCCAGUACAGACCAUUGUUUUUGCUGAUUACACAUAUAGAACUGCAGCCUGCUCACCAUCAAAUGGUGGGGUGGCACAGUAGCAUAGCAGUUAGCAUCAUGUCUUUACAGCACCAGUAACCUGGGUUCAAUUCCUGCCGCCAUCCAUAAGGAGUUUUUACAUUGUCUCCAUGGCUGUGUGUGUUUCCUCCUGGUACCCAGGUUUCCUUCCACAUUCUAAAGACAUACAGGAUAAUAGGUUAAUUGGAUAGUCGUGUGAUAGGGUGUCCCAGGCUUAUUGAGCCAGAAGGAUCUGUUACCAAUCUGUAUCCCUAAGUAAGUAAAUCAAGUCCAUCCUCUUCCCAUGCCCAUCCCUAAAUUUCCAAAGCAUUUCAGGCACAUGCCUGCUUUCUAGUUAUGGAUGAUCAACAAAUAUUAAAUGUGAAAACAGUGGUGGAGCCUACAACAGGCAACACAGUAGCAUAGCGAUUAGUGUAACAUUAUACAGCGCCAGUGACCCAGGUUCAAUUCUGCUGCUCUCUGUAAGGAAUUUAUACAUUCUCCCUGUACCCAUGGAGGUUUCCCCCUUUCGAAGAUGUAUGAGUUAGUAGGUUAAUUUGUCACAUGGGUGUAAUUUAUGUAAUGCAGGCUUGUUGGGCCAGAAGGGCCUGUUACUGUGCUGUAUCUCUAAAUAAAAAGAAGUCUUCAACUACUUGUGCCAGCCUCCCCUUUCCUCAUUGAGCUCACUGUGUGAUUGUUCAUUGCCAUUUGCCUCUACUUCCCACACCUCCAUUUGCCUGUACUUCCCAUGCCAUUUGCCCAACUUCCAACACCUCCUCACAGCUCGUUGGUUUGUAUUUAACUGGACACAGCACAGCUCAUGCCCGUUUCUCACCAUUAAACAGUUCAUAGCUUCAUUCCCAAUUCUUUUUAGCAGCUGUUUCACCAAGCAUUUCUUUUUCUAUAACACCCACUUCCCUUCUCCAAUACUGAGCAUUCUUAAAGGUCUCGGUCAUCUUUCUACUAAAUAUCAUCUAAUGUCUCCUCUCCACAGUGAUUACCUUUAUUUUUUUUCUCAGCUAAAUAAUCACCUGGCACUCUUAUUAUCUCACCACCCAGCCUCAU